AUGGCUCUACCAACCUCGGACAAAAAGCACUUGAUUAUACAGCGGUCAUUAUACUUGUGGUGCGCUGUGGCACUGGUAUCUGAUAUUGUGGUGAUGUCCAUCACAAUCAACAAUCUCAUUAACAAUAAUUACAAUUAUAACGACAAUUAUCGUUAUAAGGAUUUCUUUGCCACUUCUCAAAUCGCAGAAGUUGUGGUCGCGGCGAUAGGUGUGGCCAUUAUAUUCCUAGAACUGGUGGGGGUUUGGGCGGCAUAUAAACAGCAUUACUGGUUGUGUAUCGUAUACGCCAUCAUAUCUACAGCGGUGGGCGCACUGUGUCUGAUCGGGGGUGUAAUCAUCGGAACUGAAGGGGAAUUAUACUACUCAGCGGCUAUAUUUUUGGUCUCCAGUUCCAGCGCCUGCUAUUUUGCCAGAGAUAUCAAACGACUUAAGAGGUUAGCUUGGAGUAUGGCUGUGUAUUACAACGGACUACCGGCCCCGCAGCAGAGUAUUGUGUAUCAAGUGCCACCUCCUGCAGAGGGGUUACCACAGAGACAGAUGUUGCACCCCGGUCAGAUAGUACCCCCUGGACAGAUGUCUAAUUAUGGCGUACCUGUGCAGGGACCUAAUGGUCAUAUGUAUGCUUUCCCUGGAAGCGGUUACCAGUCAUCGCAACAUCAAGGGAUGACCAGUGCUUAUGACUCACCGGUCGGUACUUCCUAUGCCCAGCAGGGGCUUCAACCCCCGAGUUAUAGUGAGUUUGAACCGGGAGGUAGUGGACAGCAAUUAGAUCCCGAACCACCUAUGGUUGGAUAUAUAGCCCCGCAUAAGACUAUGCCUGACUUAUAG